AUGACUUCACCGUACCCACGAGCGAGUCUGUUGGGGCUUCCAGGAGAGCUGCGAAACAGAAUCUACGAGUUUGUGGCCGCAGAUGUCACGGACAUCCACAUAUCCACUGCGACCGAGGUGCCGUUCAUCCUCGAUAGUCGCGAGAGAGACGUCGAUACUACCUGUAGCUGGUAUACCGUAGCCUCAGUGACCGACACCGGGGACGUCGUGUUCACACAGCACCCAAUGCCUGGCGCGCUCUGCGGUCGCGAACUCGCAGACAAGCCAUCGCCGGAGAUCUUCAUGGACCAGCAUGCGCUUCUUCACACUUCUCGGCAGCUGCGACAGGAGUUGGUGUCGAUCCUGCAGAGUUCCGCCACUCGUCCUGUCCGUAUCGAGGCGACCAUCAUAGACUACGACUUCACUCACCUCCUGCGACAGCUCGCAAACUACGGUAGCCAAGGCAUCACAGCAUCGAAGGACCUGCCCGGGCCAGUUUCUGAGAUCUUCCUUUACUUCAAGAGAGGCAAAGCGACCAACAUCGACAUCGCGCGCAACUUUCAACUUCUCAAACAACACAUCACUCUCCACAAGAUGUCUGCCGUGCCAGACCGGAAGCAGUCCUUAGUCUCGUGCAACGGCAUUCAGUACGAAUUUCACCUGCAGACCGACAUCGAGCAGCUGUUCGCAGCUCGAGAGACUCUGGACGAAGCCAUGCACAUCUCGAUGAAACUCGAGAACUGGCUCGUCAAGAGCGGUCUUAGCGACCUGAUCGACUAUCACUAUGAGGCGAACAUCACACUUCUAGCAUGCUUGUUGUUCCGGGACCUGUAUCGCACACAGAGAGUGCAGAAAAUAUGGUCCUCGACGGCGGGGCGUAUGGAGUGGAUGUGGGACGAGCUGGUUCUGCAAGAUGCACUGCACGAGAUUCAAAAGCAUCAGAGGCCAAAGUACAACUCGCGUAUAGAGGUCACCAGUGGGUGGAGACAUGCUACGGACAGGAGGAAAAGAUCCUGA